GCAGCAACAACAACAACAACAACAACAGCUGCUGCUGCAGCAACAGCAACAACAACAACAACAACCCGCUGUUCACUCUGCCGCAUGGAACAAGUCCAGCAGCAAGGCUUCAACACUGCAACAGGCAGCAAACCAACCGACGCCACACCGUGUCAUGGCAAGCAGCACCAGCAGCAGCAGCAGCAGCAUGACACCACCGCCACCGCCACCGCCACCGUCGCAAUCACAGCCAGCGGCAUCUUCGUCUGCAGUGCACACCGCAAGCGCUGCCUCUGUGCCUUACAGCUUUGCGAAUACCCCUGCCACCAGCCACAUGACACGCGUGGCAGCCGCGUUCGUCAACGCACCCACGCGCGUGUACCCCAACUUCAGCGCUAUCAGCAACACGGUCACCAGGACACUCAACACCCUCAACACAGGCGCGCUCGCACCAUCCGCACCUGGCGAUGCAGUGAUGGAGGAGGUGGAAGAGGAAGUGGACGAAGAAGAGGAGGAGGAAGAGACGGCCCUGCGGAACACAGCGACGACGGGGGACGACUCGGGCGACAGCAGCAACAACACCACACAGACGAGCAGCGAUGGCACGCCCGGCCCACGGGGCACGGCCUCGCAGCAGCGGCGUACACGGCGCCGGCGCAUUCAGCAGCCGCCCACCACCGCCAACGACACGCCCGUCGCACACAAUCGCACCUUCAGCCCCGCCGUGGCAGCAGCACCAGCGCGCUCGCUCGGCACGCAGCUUGCCAUUUUUGGUACGUCCACCCCCGAGCACAGCAGGGCGGCUGGCGGGAUGGUGAUGGCGGCUCCGUCCAUGGGUUUGACUAUGACACCGCUGGGCGCACACGACCGUGGCAUGGGCGACGUGUACGUGACAGGAACACAGGGCCUGGGGGUGGUGAUGGACGGUGGCAGUGAUGUCGGAAUGACCACCAGCGUCGCAUCUGACAGCGGGCAGCCGCCAACAAAGCGGGCGCGCAGGACAGGGACACGUGCCAGUGCGGGCACCAGCAGCAGCAGCGCCAGCGCAACGAACCCUCUCCCGACAUACAGCCACGACCUCUCCACCAUGCAGUGGGUGUCAAACCCGCACCAGACGUGUGCUCUCGUCUUUGAUGCCGACCUCAACCAAAUCCCCCCGCCAUCACUGCACCUGCGUGAGGACAAGGGCUUCCGGUUCCACAGCCCCCGCAUCUUCAUCUGCCAGAAGAAGAACCACUUCCAGCUGACGCUGCGCAUCACCACUGGCCCGCUUCCCUGCUUUGCCCAGAGCAAGCUCGGCACCCCCGUCGCCAUCAGCAGAUUCGAGAUCCACCUCAACGGCAUCAAGGUUGAGAGUCCCGAUAUGCAGGUGCAGCUGCACCAGUCUGAGUCUGACCGCCGGCGCCACCCCUUCCGGCCACUUCGCGUGCACCUCGCAGAGGGAACGACGCAGCGCCUCUCGAUUGGGCGGCUGCACUUUAGCCAGCCGACGGCGAACAACAUGCGGCGCCACGGCGGCCUCAACCCGGACCAGCGCUUCUUCGCCCUCGCCGUCAACCUCGUCGCCAUCUGCGAUCACGACCCGGUGCCGAUUUCGUCCAUGCUGUCCGAUCGCAUUGUUGUCCGCGGGUCAAACCCGCGCCAGUUUGAGUCAGACCCGAAGGAGACGCAGCACCACAAGCCGUGGUACAAAGGCCAGACACGGCACAGCGCGUGCCACUUUGGCCCCGUCGGUAUCAACAUUCCCAACCCGGACGAGGCGCUCUGCGUUCUUGGAAACAUCAGGCUGACUGGCAAUCUUCUGCAGACGUCUGAUGCGCGUCUGAAGACGGUGCUUGGGGGCGUUUCCCCGGAGGAGGCGUUUCAGCGCAUCUCAAACGUUCGUCUCCACCGCUUUGUGUACAAAGACGGCGUUGUGGACCAAAACGCCGCCGCCCACGGCAACAGCAACAACGAGGCACAAGAAUCUGUGCCACGUUCGCACGUGGGCGUCCUCGCGCAAGAGAUGCAAGACGUGUACCCUGAGGCGGUUCAUGCAGGCGGGACAAUGCGGCUGCAAGACAGCAGCACAACCACCGCCCCUGUUUCAGACGUUUUGUGUGUUGACACGAGCGCUCUCCUCUACGACGCCGUCGGCGCUGUGCAGCACCUCGCCCAGCAAUGCGCUGAGCUGCGGGCAGAGUUGCACGAGCUGAAGGCGCAGCAGCACCUGCCACUGCUGUAGACGGCUUUCGGCAAGGCGACGGCUAGACAGUUGGAGAUGCGCUGCCCGCCCUCCCGCCGUUUCCCGUGAUCCGUGAUCAGUCAAUUCCCAUUUCACUCCACUCCAACGCAACGCCAGCAUUGUCGUCUUCUGAAGCCCGCACACCAUCUUUAUUCUUGCAGCCUUUCACCUGCACCGCAUGCAUCAUGCUGACCAGCCGUUCCCUCGGGUUUAACGUAUCCCGCAUGCAUUUCUUGCACUCGUUUUUUUGGCACUCUAACUGCCUCAAUACGUAUCCAUACCUCUACCAGCGUCCCGUGUGUUGUAUUUUGUAUGUGCGUGUUACGUGUGUGUUGUACGGGUGUUGUGUGUCACUUUGUUUUGUUGAUCUUGUUGAUGUCCGCUUUGCAUCACACGCUAGUGCUUUUGUCGCGAUUCCUUUGACCGUGGGUUUCACUAUGGCAUAUCUUCGUGUUGUACAAGCUUCCUUUUUUCCCCAUCUGUGUGCUCUUGCCUCCCACUGCAUGGUUCGCACACCUGAACUAGCGAGCACUUGGGCUGCUUCUGCACCCCACCACCUGGUUUGCGUUUCGAUUGCUUUUGACGUUUUCCGCUUUCCCUUGCAUGGGUGUGCUUGCGUGGGAGUCACCACCACGAGCACCAUCACCUUGACUCCCCCCUCCUUCCGUUCCCACUUCCUCAUCUCUAUCUCCGACCAUCGUACCGGAGGCAUCCUGCUCGGCACGCCAUACACCAGAGAUUGCAGUCCUGGUCGUUGUGCCUUGCUCAGUCUCCCUGUCCUCCCUUCCUCCACGCUUUGCAUGACGAGAUGCCACCUGCAACACACCUGCCAUGUAUUGUCUUUGGGAUUGCAUGCAUGCUCUCAUUUUCCAUUUCUCUCGGCUUCGGUGAGGCCAAGUUUCAGCUUUUGUGUGUGUGUGUGUGUGUGUG